AAACGGGUUCCAAUUUUUACAAAAGGGGGUUUGUACCUCCUAGCUAUUAUGGCUUUUGUACACAGAACACGAAAACGUUUGUUGUGCGGCAAAAAUUGGUUUAUUAUUAAAUCAUCUGAUUGUCAUUAUUUUUGUCGCAGCUCUGCAACCCGUUGAAUUUUGUCUACACUGAAAUCUAAUGACAUCACUUCUCACCGACAAGCACGAUCAGCUGUAAAUUGCAUGUCCUCUGUUAAAUUUCUUUUCAAAGGGAAGAAUUAAAAAUGUUAUCAAAGAAACAUAUAUUUUAUAAACAAAAACAUUUGAUUUUUGUGCAUGAAUGGAUUAAAAAACAAAGUGGCUGUCUUUCGCAGCGAUUCCUCUCAUCUAAAGCUGAAAAAAAUGCAGUGCGAGAGCAAUGGAAACCUACCGUGGGCUUGGAGAUUCACGCUCAGAUUGCAACCAAGUCGAAAUUAUUUUCCAACGCAUCCACUGACUUUCUCAGUCCCCUUAACUCCAAUGUUUCAUUUUUCGACUGUGCUACACCAGGAACUUUACCUGUACUGAACAGAAAAUGCGUGGAAUCAGCAGUGCUGACAGCUUUAGCAUUGUCUUGUCAGCUGAACGAGAUAUCCUUGUUUGAGAGAAAACAUUACUUUUACGCAGAUUUGCCUGCAGGAUUCCAAAUUACUCAACAAAGACGACCAAUAGCUAUCGAUGGUAAGAUUAAGUUCCACGUAUUUGGUCCAGAAGUACCUUGUCCGUACUUCAAAUCUUCUAAGAUUAAGCAGAUUCAAUUGGAGCAAGACAGCGGAAAAAGUUUGCAUCAUGAAAAUAUGGAGAAGAGCUUAAUCGAUUUAAAUCGCGCUGGAGUACCUUUGAUGGAGUUCGUGUUUGAGCCAGACUUGUCCAACGGCGAAGAAGCAGCCGCGCUCGUGAAGGAACUUGAUUUAACUCUGCAGUUGCUGGGUGUCUGUAGCGGCAAGAUGGAAGAAGGAGCAUUUCGCGUCGACGCGAAUGUCUCUGUAAGCGAUCGAGAUGGAGAGUUGGGCGUUCGCACGGAAAUAAAGAAUAUCGGCAGCGUACGUGCCGUAGCCGCGGCUGUGACAUACGAAAUAAAUAGGCACAUAUCUAUUCUCGAAGCCGGCGGUGAGAUAUUUAAUGAGACGUGCGCGUGGGAUGCUAUUAAGAAGAAAACCAUUCCAAUGCGCGAAAAGGAAGAAAAAGAAGAUUACCGAUUUAUGCCUGAAACGAACUUGCCGCCUUUACGAAUUCAUGUCAGAGAAGAUCUGCCGAAUAGAGACAAUCUAGUCGACGCUGUAUUAUUAAGACGACAGUUACCUGAAUUGCCGAAACAAAUACGUCAGCGAUUAAAGGACGUACUUAAGAUAUCGCCUGCUCUAAUUAUAGCUCUAAUGAGCAACUUGGAGUUAUUGCAAUUAUUUCAUAGAAUUAUAGAAGAAAAUGAGAAGCGCGAACCGCAACUAGUUGCCAAUUUCCUCGUUAAUUAUUUAUUGACCUUUAUUUAUAAGCAUAAGUUGACGAUUGAAUCUUGUACACCACACAGCGAGUUUAUUGGCGAAGUGAUUGACUUAUUACAAGAUAAGUUAAUUAAUUUACUAAUAGCAACGAAAAUAUUAAAAGAAUUAAUAAGUGGACCAAAGAAACUUCCGAAAGAGAUCGUUCAAGAAAACAAUUGGUUCUUAAUAUCGGAUACGAAACUAUUGGAGCAGAUGUGUUUGGAAGUUGUUGAAAGAAAUCCAAAAAUUGUAAAGGUGUAUAAAAAAGGUAAGACAAAGGUUGCUAAAGCGCUAAUAGGAGAAAUAGCGAGAAAUACGAGGCAAUGUGCAGAUAUGGCUGCCGUUGCCCAAAUUAUAGAGAGAUUGUUGACCUCGAAUUAAAAGUACGAAAUUAGUUUUAUAAUCAAAGACACUUGUAAAUAAUAGUAUUUCUUAAUAAACGUAACAUUCGUACGUGUAA